ACAGUCUCGUUUUAUCGUAGUCAGCGAUUGGAGUUUGUCAAACAAAAUUCGAUACGUUUUUUUUUUUUUGGUUGCAAAAUUUCAAAUCCUAGUGAAAAAAUUCUACCUGAAUCUAUAACAAUUACAUACUUCAGAAAAUCACGAAAGUGAAAAUGGAAAGAUAAUAACGAAGAUGUCGAGUAGUUACUAUAAUAAGCCUGAUGUAACAACGAGUUACCUUCGACAUAAAGAGAUUAACGACUAUCUAGACUAUUUGAGGCAUCGUUAUGCGGACGUUGUAAAAGUCUACAAUAUCGGACGUUCCUAUGAAGGACGUCUGAUAAAAGCCAUUCAAAUUGAUUGGCACAAACGCUACCAUCAUCGACGCCAUCACCGUCAUUCAAAACUUCCACUGACCAUGACCGAUGGAAGUGGUAACACAAAUGUAAGUGUUCCCAAGAAAAAUGUGGUUUUCAUUGAGGCUGGCACUCAUGCCAGAGAAUGGAUGACAAUUGCUGUAGCCCUCAAAUGCAUACAACAGUUAACAGAGAAACACAAUCGGCAUCGAAAAAUUCUCGAAAAACUUCGAUUUUUUAUCAUUCCAUUGGUAAAUCCCGAUGGAUAUGAAUACACCUACAAUAAGAAUCGCAUGUGGAGAAAGAAUCGUCGACCACACAGUAUUUUGCAAAGUAUCGGAACGGAUUGUAAUAGGAACUUUGAUUUCCAUUGGGAGAAUGGAUCAACGAAAGCAAGUCGAAGCACAUACAAAGGAGAGAAACCAUUUUCGGAACCCGAGACUUGUGCCCUGAGGAAUAUCAUGGAGAAGUUGCAACCACAUUUGUUACUAUUUUUUUCGUUGCACUCAUAUGGACAGGCCAUCAUGUACCCUUGGGGAUAUACUAAAGAAUUACCAAUUUCAUGGAAGGAACACCAACAACUAGCCGAGUGUGGCAAGAAGGCAAUUAAAAAAGUGUCAGGACGAGUAUACCGAUGUGGCAGUAUAUCAGGCAUUCGAAAACAUAUUUAUUCAGGAUCGAUUGUUGACUAUGCCUUUGGAAUUGUUAAAGUUCCAUUUGCUUUAGUUAUGGAGCUGCCAUCGAAUGAAUUGGGCUUUCAACCAUCUCCUGUUCAUAUUCGCCCGAUUGGUCAUGAAAGCUGGAUUGGCAUAAGAGCAAUGUGCCAGAAAGCAUUAGAUAUUUCUGUUGUAUCGAUUUUAAGUCAUGAGGGAAAUCAGAAUCAAAACCAAAAUCAAGAUCAAGUGGAAUCGGAUGUGGUUACUGAAGUCACUCCGCCGCCGCCGCCGCCGACAUUAGCGACAACGGUUACGUCGACGGUGAUGGAUUAAAACAAAAUCAUGAAUAAAAGUUAAAAGCAAAUAUUUCGUAAAGUUAAA